AGCGGUGGCACCCAAGAGUGGGGGUGGGGGGUGGUGAGGCUGAACAUUCUCUCCUGGUCAACUGGGGAAGAUGGCCCAGGCCGGGGGAAUCGCUUCCACGCCCCGCUGCCCCCACCCCUGAGCCGGUUAAGCUGGGAUAUCCCUUCCCUCUUUCUCUCCCGCUCCACGCGCGACGCGGGAAUGGCUCCUUGGCCUCAUGGGAAUAGCUCUCUGGCUCCGUGGCCAGAUGUCCCCACCCUGGGGCCCAAUACUGCCAACGCGAGUGGGCUGCCAGGGGUGCCGUGGGCGGUGGCACUGGCGGGGGCGCUGUUGGCGCUGGCGGUGCUGGCCACCGUGGGAGGCAACCUGCUGGUAAUAGUGGCCAUCGCCCGGACGCCAAGACUCCAGACCAUGACCAACGUGUUCGUGACUUCGCUGGCCGCAGCCGAUCUGGUGGUGGGACUACUGGUAGUGCCGCCGGGGGCCACGUUGGCGCUGACCGGCCACUGGCCCUUGGGCGCCACUGGUUGCGAACUGUGGACCUCGGUAGACGUGCUGUGUGUGACCGCCAGCAUUGAAACCCUGUGCGCCCUGGCUGUGGACCGCUACCUGGCGGUGACCAACCCGCUGCGCUACGGGGCGCUGGUCACCAAACGCCGCGCCCGGGCGGCCGUGGUCCUGGUGUGGAUCGUGUCCGCCGCGGUGUCGUUUGCGCCCAUCAUGAGCAAAUGGUGGCGCAUGGGGGCCGACGCCGAGGCGCAGCGUUGCCACUCCAACCCGCGCUGCUGCGCCUUCGCCUCCAACAUGCCCUACGCGCUGCUCUCCUCCUCGGUCUCCUUCUACUUUCCGCUCCUGGUGAUGCUCUUCGUCUACGCGCGAGUUUUCGUCGUGGCUAGGCGCCAACUGAGCUUGCUGCGCCGGGAGCGGGGCCGCUUCCCGCCAGAAGAGUCUCCGCCGGCUCCGUCUCGCUCCGGGUCCCCCGGCCCCGCCCGGCCGUGCGCCUCGCCCGCGGGUGUCCCCUCCUGCGGCCGGCGGCCGGCUCGCCUUCUGCCCCUACGGGAGCACCGCGCCUUGCGCACCUUGGGUCUCAUCAUGGGAACCUUCACUCUCUGCUGGUUGCCCUUUUUUGUGGCCAACGUGGUGCGCGCCCUCGGCGGCCCCUCUCUGGUGCCCGGCCCGGCUUUCCUCGCCCUUAACUCUCUAGGCUAUGCCAACUCUGCCUUUAACCCUCUCAUCUACUGCCGCAGCCCUGACUUUCGCAGAGCCUUCCGCCGCCUGCUGUGCCGCUGCCGGAGGGGGGAGCACCAGGCCGCCGCCUCCCCACACGGUGCCCUCUCUGGCGUCCCCGUGGCCCUGACUACCCCGGCGGAGUCCAGGCAGCGCCCAUCGCUCGACCGGGCUUCCUGGGGACUUUCUUAGGCCUUGAAGAAAUAACUCCGUUGAUCCAGAACCUUUGGAAAGCCUCUGGCCUCUGUUCAGAAUGAGCCCUGUGGAGUUUCCCAGCUGGAAAACUCCGCCCUCCUGAACCUGAUGACUGGGCCAUGGGAGGGGGAGGGGGGCCUGGCUGGGGAGGGGGAUUUCUUACCAAGUGGGUUUUCACCAUCCUCUCUCUUUCUUGCUGAGAGAACGUUUCUAAAGCCCAGCCCUGAACUUCACCACUACCUCAGUAGCUGGAGUGUCUGGCUGCCUGUGCCCUGCUGCCCCUGCGGCAGGUGGGGUAGCUUUGGCCGGGCACACAUCACCUUACUGACUUGUGUGCUGUGUGCUUAGGGCUAAGAGACCCCCCUCCCCCCCAGUUCCAUUCCUCCUGCCACCCGGACCUCCGGAACCAUUCAGUGUCCUGGAGGCCUGGAGACCCAGGCUGAGAAGAGGAUGCUAGGAAAAGUCAAGUUUGGGGUUUUGUCCCUGGUUCUCUCAUGCUGGCUGUCUAAGCACCAGCCUGGGUCACUUUAAGACACAGGAUGGCUCUGAUCUACCUCACAGCGGUGUCAGAAGGACUUCUCUAGGGUUGGGGUAGGGGAGGUUUCCUGGGUUCAUAAGGAGGUGAAC